CUGAAACGGCAGUCCGGAGACCACUCUACCAUGCCGCCGCCGACAACGACGACGUACACGAGUGAAAAGGACGUGCGCGCCAUGGACAUUGGACACAUUCAGGACGAAAUGAUCCGGGAACUGAUGUUGUACAUUGCCGGCGCCGACUUUCAAUCAACGUUCGAAGCGUUCUUCCUCAAGCACGCGCUUCGGUUCAGCGACGACGACGAGCACAAGCUCGAAUACACCGACCUGUUUAUGCAAUUCCAGGACCUCUUUGAAGACUUUAUGAAACAGUUCUACGACAAGCACAGCAUCACGGAAGCUGAGUUUGGCAAGCGCUGCCGAUCGGCGGUCAAGAACGACCAAAAGGCCAGCGAGUACCUCGAGGUGGUGCUGGCAUCGAUGGACUACCAAGCAUUUUUCAACCUGAUGAAGUUUAUGCGUCGACGGGCUAAGGCCGAGCCUAAGCCAGCCGCCAAGCGCAAAAUCAGCAGCAGCUCGACCAAGGAGUCUGAAGGGGACGAGAAGCGAGUGGACGAAGUCGACGAGGAAGCAACGGGGGAUGAAGGGAAGGCGUUCUUUCAGGAUGACGACGACGACGAGAGUGCGAAGGAAUCCAAGCGGAAAUAGCCCCGCGACUGCAUAUGAUGGUGUAAUGUAUGGAUGGUUGUUGUACUCUAAAUGAGCAUGCA